AUGAGUUCAAUUUUUCUUCCCCCACCUUUCAUUUACGUGUCAAACAGUCUGGAAAAAUGCUCGUCAGAUAUUCAUAUAUACUUAACGAAUCCUUUUUCUUUUUUAGCUUUCAUCAAACCUUUUCAUAUUAACCACUUCUUGUUUCUUUCUCAAUUUACCGCAAAGGUCUUGCUUCAAUUGACUUUUUUUUAUCCAUGCCUUCGUCGCUUUUUUACGUCAUUUUGUUUUUGCUUCAUAGAUUUCUUUCCUUCUUUUUUCUUGUUUUUUCUUGUUUUUUCUUUCUUUCCUUCUUUUUCUUUUUUCUUCUUUUUUCUUUUUUUCCUUCUUUUUCUUUUUUCUUCUUUUUUCUUUCUUUCCUUCUUUUUUUCUUCUUUGUCUUUCUACCCUUCUUUUUUCUUCAUUUUCUUUCUUUAUUUUUUAUUCUUUCUUUCCUUCUUUUUUCUUCUUUCUUUCUUUUUUAUUUUAGUUUUCUUUCUUUUUUUUUUCGCUUCAUUACAUUUGAAUCCUACUUUUGACCCUAACUACUUGUUCCGUCUUUUCUUUUCCUUCUAUCCUCCAUUUUAUACGGUUGGUUCGUUUCGAUUCUCGAUUUCUUCAGUUCUUUAUCCGUGCUCCUUCCAUUACCACGUUUUUAAAUGUAAUUUUCUUUCUUAUAUUUUCGAUUCAUUACUCCCUUUUAUUAAUUCCGCUACUCCCUUUUUAUAUUGA